AUGUCGGUGGGUGACAACCCCGCACAAGCCCACCCUGCCACUGACAGCCUUAGCUCUCGGAAGAAACGAUGUAUAGCACCACGCCAGGGGCAGCCAUGUACUUCAUGCUCUCAAAAGAAGUGGAAUUGCGACCUAGCGAGUGGCACUCAGGCAAACUCCAACCGAUCACCGAUUGGCAGUCCUCUUCAUCGUCCUGUCUGUGGGUCUGAGACAAGGAUCGCUCCUGCCGAGGCCAAGACAGCCAGGGACUUGCAGCAGCCGGAUGGCGCUCUUCCACCAGAAUCUCUCUGCAAUCAGCUUAUCGACCUGUAUUUUGAUCUCAUCGAUGAGAAACAGCUGCUCCUAUUCCAUCGCGCCACGUUCAUUGCAGCCCAGCGCGCGGGACAAAUCCACAAUUUCAUCGUGCUCGGGAUGAUCGCUUUGAUGGCUCGCUUCUCGGAUCAUCCCUACUUCAAGGGCGUCCAUACCUGGCACAGAGCGAGACCAUGGUUCAAAGCAGCAAUGCAGGCUUUCAAUUCUCGGCCGGAGCUGAUCGAUUUGCCGUCUUUGCAAGGUGCCAUCUUGCUUUCGUUUGUUGCACUCGCCGAGGGAGACUCUGCCCAGGAGGCGUUGAUGACAUCUCAAGCUAUUUGUAUGGUGCGCAUGUUGCGCCUACCCGAGAAUCUAAGUACGGACCCCAUCCAGCGUGAGGUGGAGAUUCGAAUCUUUUGGGGUAUGUGGAUGAUGGAAAACUGGCACGCAGCGCGGGUUCUCAUCCCGAAGCAGCUCGUGGCCAGCCCUACAUUCAAGAGCCUGCUAGAGGAAGAAGCCUUCAGGAAUAUGAAACCCACCGAUCCACCUGACCAGUACGCCGAAACGCGAAUCAAUGCUUUGGGUCUGCGAUCAAGGGGUCUCUGGACUUGGAUGAUUCCAUUAUCAAAGUUUCAUAACCAGGUCAUGCGGCUUAACGACGAAAUAGUCGAAAACACGAUCAGUGAGAGCGAGAUCCGUCGGCGAGUCAAAGGCAUAUCGGAUGAUAUAGAUCAGUAUUUCCGAGACCUACCGAGCCACCUUCAACAUACAUCCGAGAACCGAGAGAGAUACUUCAGCCGGGGCCUAGGCCGGGAAUUCACAAUUCUUCAAUUGAACUACCACCACCAAUGCCAGAUGCUGUUCUAUCAGUUUCUCAACAAGAAGUACACCUCAUCAGAAACGAGGUUUAACCACGAAGAUGCGAUGUGCGCGGCGAGAUGCAAAGCGCAUGCAGCAGCUCUUAGCCAGGUAAUGUGGGACACUAAUUCGCGUCCUGGGUCGGAAUGCCUUUGGUCGCCGGUUAACGGGCAUCUGCUAGUUGUAUCCUCCUCGGUUCUACUUUAUACUUUGAUGUUUGAUACGGAGGACGAGAGCAUCGCGAGGGCCAAGGAGCUCUUAGAGCAAAAUUUUCUUAUGCUCCUCCAAUUACGCAAGCACUGGUCACUCGUGGAGCUGUCGAUGGCUCGACUCAAAGCAUUUCACCGAGCCUGUCAGAAGAACAGUACGCAGGAAAAUUUCGACAUGGACCGUUGGAUGAUAUACUUUCUGAACCGCUAUGACGCCAACGUCUCGGAGAGGUAUGACGAUGGCGUCCAUGGCUCAUUACCACUCGUGCCUAAUCCUGACAUAGAGCCUGCAACUGGCUCAUGGUUGGAACUGUGA